AUCAAUCAUCAAUCAAGAUCUUCCUAAAAUUAAACCACCGCUUCGUUUCAAAGAUCGAGACUUUUCCAAACUUGAAAUCAUCCUUUUGUCUGCUCAUCUCUUGCUCCAUCAACAAUGGCUACCUCCUCCAAUAGAUCUCUGUCCCCGGUGCCGUUAAGGCCACACAGAAGAAGUUUCAGUGGCAGCCCUUCUCCCAACCCUUUUCCGCUCACGAACCCUAGGCGAAGCUUCAACCCCAUCACGCCCGCUAAUAGCCCUGCAGAUUCUGGAAGGAGGGGUUUUCCGGUGAAAGAGGAGGAUUUCGCGGAGAAAGAAAACGAAAGAGCGGCGAAACUCCCGUCACCGGCGAAGGGCUCCAAGAAUUUCAUGUCGCCGACGAUUUCCGCCGCUUCCAAGAUCUGCGCAUCGCCCAAGAAGAAGGUCUUGGUGGACAGAAAUGAGCCUGUUCGGUCUUCAAUCACGUUGUGUGACGGUAAAGCUACGUUCUUUUCAUCGAUUUCUUCAGAAUCUACGGAAUAUUCGAAGCCAAAGCCCGAGAUUACGGGCAUUCUGGACCAUAAGGAGGAUGUUCUUCCAGUUACAAAAGCCUUGAAAAGGGUAAAAUUUGCUGAGGUACCUUUAUAUUGUGAAAAUGUUUCUGAUUCAUUAUCCGAGACAGUAGUAACAGACUCCGAUUGUUUCACUGCUGAAACAUCCUUAAAGAACAUAAGUUCUUGUUCCACUUUGUCUUCUCCUAGUACUAAUAUAGCUCCACUUGAUGCUGAUCCAUCUCCCAGCCCUUAUGAUCCCAAGACUAAUUACCUUUCUCCUAGGCCUCAGUUUCUUCACUACAGACCAAAUCCAAGAAUUGAUGUUCUUAGAAGUUUGGAUAAGGGUGGUGAUAUGGGGGAGCCUAAGCUGCUAGAUGAGAGUUUUAUGUCUGAAAUUGUGUCUGAGAACUCUGACUCUGAGUCUCAGAUGGAAGAUUCUCAGAAGGAAUCUGAGGAUUCUUCUUCUUCAGAGGCAGAGGUUGUAGUAGAAUCUGCAGUUGAAGAAACUGAAGUGGUUGAAGAGCCUAAGUUUUCAGAGGAAGAGGUAGUGGUAGUUAAGUCUUUGGAGGAGGAGGUAGUACUAGAACCAGAAAUUGAUGAAACAGAAGGGGUAGAAGAGCUAGAUUCUGAAGUAGCACUUCCUGUUAGCAUGCCUGGUACUGAUGAAAUGGCUGAGGAAAUCCCAGAUGUAAGAAAGGAAACGAAACGUAGAUUCUAUAUCCAUUCGAAGUUGUUUUAUACUAUUUUCCUUGUCAUGAUUGCUUGUUUAUCAAUCUCAGUGACUGAUUCUCCAAUCCUCAAUGGUUAUGGAGUCAAAGAUUUGAAACUCACCAAUAUCUCUUACUUGGGAUCACAAAUUUCUGUGUUGUUUCAAUCUACUUUGAAUGAUCAGUUGAAGGGGAGUUCGGGUUUUAGUCCAGUACAGUUUGUAGACAUCACUGCUGAUCUUGAAGGGGGUAGUAAAUGGGAGUUAGAAGAGGAUAGAGAGUUUGAGGAAUUGGAAGAAGAUGAUGAGUUGGACAAUGAUAUAGAACCUGAGAAAAUGGUAGAAAAAGUUGAAGAAGAUGAGGUGGAUGAGGAUGUUGAGUCUGAUGUUGAAGGAUCUGAAGAAGAAGAUGAUGAAAACCCUGGAUUUGGUGACAGCAGUGAAAUGGAAUUUGGGGAAAAACUUGAGUUUGAGAUUGAGGUUAAAGAGGAUAAUGCCAAAGCUGAAGAGGCUGAAUUUGAAUUGGAGAAUGAGGUUGAAGAAGAUGUUGGCUCUGCUGAAGCAUAUGAAGGAGAGGUUUAUUCUGAUUUUGGUGCCAACAUGGAAAUGGAAUCUAAAGAAAGUUUUGUGUUAGAAGUAGAGGAUGGUCAGAAUCAAAAGCAAGAGCUCAUGGCUUCUCGCUAUGAUUCUGUUAAAGCUGAUGACUUAGUUGCUGCUGCCUCAAAGGACUUCGAUAUCAAAACCGAAGCUGCUACACCCACUGAUAUUCAGCCUGAAGUAGUCGAAGUGGUUAAAUUCCAGGGCGACGAUAAUGCAAAUCCCCAUACUGAACUUGAAACCGCUUUGUUGGAUGCCAAUCUCGAGAGUAAAAUUGAUGAUUUUCGUGUUGAGAAACCCUCAACUUCAGAAAUGCUGGCAUCUACAAUUCAGCAAAGGAGUUCUACAAUCCUGGGAAUUUCAUCGUUUUUACUAGGCGCAGUGGCAGUUGCAGCGUUCGUCUUUCUCAAACAAAAGAACAAUCCUGCUGAUCCAUGUUUGCCCAAGAACCUAGUAUCAUCAGCUUCUGCAAAGCACAUAGUGGAAGAGAAACAAUCUUCCAAGGAUUGGGAACCAGAAGCCGAUGUUGUUGCAGAGUCUUGCCCCUCGGAAAUGAGCAGCUUUGAAGUGAGCACAUCUCACAGCAGAAAGGAUGCUGCAAUGAAAACCAGCAGAGCUCAGAAACAGGAAAGAAAACCGAGCAAAAGCAGCAGUUCGAGAAGGGAGUCAGUUGCUGCUUCUUCAGAUUACUCUCUCGGUUCGCCAUCGCCUUCUUAUGGAAGUUUCACCACCUAUGAAAGGAUCCCAAUCAAGCAUAGAAGUGGUGGAGGUGAAGAAAUUAUUACACCUGUCAGGCGGUCUAGCAGAAUUAGAAGCAGCAGCCAAGUCUGAAGCAUUUCACCAUGAACUGAAGAACUGAGCUUUCAACAUAACUUUAGGCAUUAGCUUUUAACAUCUCACGUGUGCAGAAGGGAAUUUGUAGUCAGUUUCUGACUGAACUUGAAAUGAUUGUUUGUGGUUUCUAGGAUGUUGGUAGCUUAGGAAAACUUUGCUGUUUUUGCUGGUUUUUUUUUUUUUCUUCACAUUCUGUUUAUAUUUAGUACUUGUGGUUAAGUGUGUUGGAGAUAUAUGAAGUGCGUGUGACCAAGCCAUUGACUAAAAUUUCGCUUGACGAUCUCA